AUGGGCGACGUCAGCUUUGUGGAUAUCCUUGACAGUUUGGAGCCGUCCGUAGUGUUCACCCAGAACACCACCCAGACGGAGGAGGUAGACUGGCGCAAGAUUUCUUUGGAGUCAACAUUUGACGGUUCAUUGCUAGUAAAAACUUGCCAAGACCACAGUGUCUUGAUUGACAAGACCCUCCAAGCUCUCUGGGCAGUGACGCUGAGUGCCUUUACCAAUAGGGACGAUGUUUGUGCCGGGUAUAUCUCAGCAACAACCUCUCUGAUUUUCCAGUGCUCGAUCGAGGCAUCUCAGUCAGUAUUCGAUCUCGCCGAAAGGGUGCAGAACUGGAAGGUGGACCUUGCGCCCCUGUCCAAGCAAGUCAUCGGUCAACCAACUGUAUCGCAACCAUGUUUCGAUACAGCACUGCAUGUAGUGGAUAGCUUGGAUGGCACCUUUCAACAGAGUGAGAAAUUAUGGAAACACAACAUCAGUGCGGUGAAGAUGUUUGUCAGGAUCCAACCAUCCGAGGGUACCAUCUCGGCUGUUUAUCAGGCACCCCAUGUGUCUUCAUUUAUCGCAUACAAUAUGGUGGCAUGUUUUUCAGCUGCAAUCCACAGCCUUCUGCAAAAUCCGAGGUCCAGCUUGGGGGAAUUGAACCUGAUCGGCCCCGAGGCAACACAAAGGCUUGCUCAGUGGAACGGUCAGCCUUUACCAUCUGUGAACGCUUGCGUGCACGAUGUCAUCCAUAACAGAGCUAUAACGCAUCCAGAUUCUCCCGCAAUCUGCUCCUGGGACGGCAAUUUUACGUAUAGGGAGCUAGACCAGCUGUCAUCGACUUUAGCUGCUCGGCUCCGCAGUUUUGGUGUGGGUCGUGAGUCAAUUGUGCCAUUUUGCUUCCAGAAAUCUGCGUGGGCUGUGAUCGCGAUGCUAGCGACUCUCAAAGCAGGUGCUGCAUCAGUUGCCUUGAGUCCCGAAUUUCUACCCGCCCAUCUGAAUCAUAUUCUUCGUGAAACGAAUGCCGCUCUAUGCCUUGUCGAUACGAGUAGCAUUGACUAUUUGACGCAAGCUGGAGUCACGAUAAUGACGGUUGAGCCGGGAUUGCUAGAGAAUGACCCCGACGAUAGCACAACUCCAUUGGAGACCAAUAUUACCUCGAAAGAUAUGGCCUUCAUCCAAUAUACAUCCGGAACAACAGGCGUUCCCAAAGGCGUGGUCCUAGAACAUGGGCCCUUCUUGACCAGUAUGAUUGCCCAGCACCAAGCAGUUCACAUUGGUCCAGAGUCCCGAGUCCUGCAGUUCGCCUCGUAUAUCUUUGAUGCCAGUUUAUUGGAAAUGUUUGCCACUCUCACUGCAGGAGGAUGUCUAUGUAUCUCAUCUGAACAGCGACGUUUCAACGAUCUGGGCAAAGCAAUUCAGGAAAUGGGCGUUAAUUGGAUCUUCAUGACUCCUUUGUUCGCGCAGACUCUGCGACCCGAGGAUUUGGAAGGCGUCCGAACCAUGUUGUUGGGGGGCGAGUGCCCCUCACAGAGCGUGAUAGAUCUAUUAAGACCCAAACUCGAGUUGUUGAAUGGGUACGGCCCGUCGGAAGGAAGCAUUUGCUGCUCGAUCAAUAACCUCAGCCGGGCAGACUGCCCGGACCGUGAGAAUAUCGGCCACGCCACACCUAAUAACCAUCUCUGGGUAGUCUCCCCUUGGAAUCCUGACCGACUCGCUCCGCUGGGGUCUAUCGGGGAGCUGAUGAUUCAGGGGCCCAGCCUAGCUCGGGGAUAUCUGCAAAACGACGAAGCAACGAAACGCUCGUUUAUCGCUCCGUCGUGGCUAAAAGACCUCUGUCCAACGAGGCCGCACCGCGCAUAUCGGACCGGCGACCUGGUGAAAUACAAUGCAGACGGAAGCCUUAAUUUUCUGGGGCGAAGUGACUCUCAGGUUAAAAUCACCGGUCGGCGAGUGGAGCUAAAGUCAAUCGAGGUCCAUCUUGCCCAUAGUGUUCCAGCGGGCAUCUCCACCGCGGUCGAAGCCAUCCGCCUACAGAAUGGCCAAACCCAGCGCACUCUCCUUGUUGCUUUCUACUGGCCUUCAGGCGCAAAGGGAGAGGAUCGCCCCGACGAGCAGUUGCAGCCUCUCCCGCCCACGGCCGAAACUAAUUCCAUUAUCGAAAAAGUUGAUGCAGACCUCCGAACACAGAUAGCUGCCUACACCGUACCCACUUUCUACCUUCCCCUGCCGUUUAUGCCGUUGAACCUGUCAGGCAAGCUGGACCGUCGCAGACUCAAGUCUUUGGUGAGCGAUCUUGCAGACGACCAGUUAGGUCUGUAUGCGGCCGGUGCCGCUGUUAAGCAGAAGCCGAGAAAUGAGCUGGAAGAGCAAUUGCAGCGGCUAUGGGCCGAGGUGCUGGGAGUUGAAACAGAGGCGGUAGGAACUCAUGAUAACUUUUACCGACUCGGAGGUGAGUCUGUCACGGCGGUUGCCCUUUCUGCCAUGGCUCGAGAUCACGGACUUCCUUUAUUGCCGACAGACAUCCUAGCUCAACCUGAGUUGGCUGCCCAGGCAGCUACCUUACAAGAAAAA